ACGUAACGGGCAAUGAAGGUCUGGUGUCAGGUCAUGUCUACCACAUGCCUUCCGUGAGAAUCAAAGGGACAGAUGACUCCACUUGUCCUUCUGGAACUCAACUGGAUGCUGUUAGGACACAACUCUCCAAGAAGAUCUCUGACUUAGUCCAGGACUUUAGCUGUGGAGGUCGUGGAUGGAAGAGAGUGGCGUUCCUCAAC